AUGACGUCACGGGGGGAGCAUAUUCGACUCGAUAAGGGGGCACUGGUGAAGAACCACUACGAGGUCGUCACUUCCAUCGGCUCUGGCAACUUUUCGAAGGUGUACCGCGUCAUUGACCUGCAGCUACCGAUCAAAGAUCAGCGACGCAAUCCGCUGGCGAUGAAGGUGAUAAAGAAGGAGUACAGCAGCGACGCCAAGUACGAGAAGCAGAUGCUGAUUGUGCUGCACGAGCACGACAAGAACCGCAGCGCGCGUGUGUCGAAGAUGUACGAGUGCUUUGUUUGGCAGGAAUGCCCCGUGUUCAUUAUGCCGUUGCACGGACCAUGUCUGCGAAGUCGGCGCCUUGGCGUCAACCGCGGCGUCGUCACGUAUGAGAAGCUGCUCGAGUUCAGCUACGACUUGCUGGAGACGAUGGCCUUUGUGCACUUCCAGUGCCAUAUGGUGCACACCGACCUCAAGCCGGAGAACAUCCUCAUCGCCGACAGAAACGUCGCCGACAAUUCGAUGGGUGACGAGUGGGUUGUCUGCGACUUUGGGAGUGCGUCACUCUGGCGUAUGGACAAGCUAGACUCUGACCUCAUCUCCACGCGUCCAUACCGUGCACCGGAGGUGUUGCUGGGCAACAAGUGGCACUACGCGGCGGACGUGUGGAGUAUAGGCUGCAUCCUCUACGAGGUGGCCAUCGGCCACCGCCUGUUCGAAAGCCGCGACGACCUGACUCACCUGCACAUGAUGGACCGCCGCAUUGGGCGCCUGCCGGAGGCCUUCUCCAAACACUCCAAGUACUCGAGCAAGUACUUUAACUCGCGCGGCGACUUCCUGUCCACCCCGGACGUUAUUCGAUUUUCGAAGUGCCGACUGACGCCAAUACGCGACAUGUUUAAAGAUGACCGUGACUUUCUUCACUUGCUGAAGGGGCUCCUCACAUACAACCCAGAUGAGCGCAUGACAGCACCCGAGGCACUGGCUUUGCCCAUCUUCGAUAGAGUCCGCGUCGCUCGCAAGGAGCGACAGCGACAGGCAGACGCAGCUGCCGAGGAACGUCAACAGUGCCGCCACUCACCCAGAGCUGCGGUUCCUGGAGACAGCACGAGCCCGCGGCUUACUGGCUGCAGCGGCCACAACACGCUCGAGCACAUCACCGCCGACGCGAAGAACGGCUGCUCCUCGCACAGGCACCAUCACCAAAAUCACACAAGCGCUGAAGCGAGUGGCAACAAGAUGGCGGGUAGCCGCUUAGAGGCCUCCACAAAUGCGGAGGUCGCCCCCGCUCCAGGGCCAGCAGAGGCGUCACCAGCCGCUGGCUCCUCGUCACACUUUGGCAGCCAGGCGUCCGCUGGCACUCCCAGGGACACCGCAGCCAUGAAGGCUACCGCCACCACUUCAGCGACUUCGGCAACAGCCGAGGAUACGAACAGCUUCGCUGCGCCUAGUGUCUCUGCGCCGUCCACGACGUCGCUGGGUAAAAAGCGGGCUUCCAAGGCUGCCAAAGUUCGCGGGCGGGCGGCCAGCGUGCCGGUAGUGAAAAGUGGUGGCAGGCAUCACAGCAGGAGUCUGUUGUGGAGAACGGCGGUGGUGACCAAGGAGGUGCCGCACCAACGCCCGUGCGUGAAUAGCCACCACUCCACCUCCACACGGAGCGCGGCGCUCGUGUCGCAGCUUGCUCUCCACCGCCUCAAGGCGUCGACCCUAGCUCCUGACCAUGACGCAGCGCCGCUCUCGUCGAAGAGCGGGCAGCGCGGCAGCGGGCGAUCAGGUGGGAGGCUCUCGGGUCGCUCCAUGUCUCCGGCUGGCAAGAACCGCAGGAUAACGCCACACCAGGGAACCAGCUCCGGUUCACAGCACGGCUGUGGCAGCGGUGCAACGGGCGGUGGCGGUACCCAACUAAAUGUGUCGAGUCCGCUGAAGAGCCCCCAUCAGCAUCUUCAGCUCGGCCCCAGUGCUGCCAAGAGACCAAAUCGCACACCGCCACGCUCGUCAGCCACGGCAUGCCGCCUGCUGGAGACUCUCUCUCCGGCCAUCACGCGAUCACCGAGGAUGACGGUGAAGGCUUCAUCGGUGACUGGGCCGUCUCUGGGUCACAGCAUCUGCCUCUCAGACAACAUCUCCACGCCACCGAAGCAGGCGUUUCGUGCCGGAGCGCUGCGGGGCAGUUCCGCGGCUGGCCGUUCUCCUCGCAACCCUGUCACGGCGCUUGGCUCCAGGUCGCACAAGAAUUCCGCCAAGGAGGGUGAGGCAGGUAUGGCGGCCACCCCGCGGCUCGGGCCGUCUGUGGUGUCGCCGAAAACACUCCCUCUGCCGGCAGCGGCGACAGGGACAAAGACUCCUCGCCAGCAGUCAUUGUCUUCCGACGGGCCUCUAGGUUAUACGUCGCCCCUCCAGCGCGGCGUCACGGCGGUGGGCAUGGGCAGGCAAACAGAGUCGGUGGUUGUGCGAGACAGCCCGGAUGUGGGUGACAAGCUCCUCGGUGUCGGCAGCGCAACGAAAGGUCGCAGUAAAGAGACCGCUGGCGACGGUGCUGGCGGCGAGGCCGACCACGGCCGCACGCAGGCGGGAUCACCGCUGGCGACUUCGCUGGCCUUUGUGAGGGAUAGCGAUCCCGACGGGGCCGGCGGCGACAAUAUAGAUGACGGCGACUCUUCGCUUGCGUCACCGAACGUGCAGCUCCGGGACUCCAUUGCGUCGCCGACGAACGAGAACUGCCUCAACAGCUUGUACAACUCAGAUGGUAGUCCCCGCGCCACUGACUACCGCAGCCCCGCGCGCUGCCGCCCGCCUGUGGAGGCAUCGACAGGUGACACGUCUGGGGUAUCGUCACCUGUCAUGAUGAGCCGGUCAAAUGCGCGGUUGAGCAUUUCAAGCAGCGAGUGGCGAGGUUUGGAGGCGCCACCGGGGUCGACCCUCGCUAAUGUGCCGGUGAAGAGAGGGCAGCGAACCUUCGCCGCUGCUUUCGGGACACCGCUGCCGCCGUCCCAGCACAAACCCCGGUCAUCGCAGCUGAGCGACGGGCUAUACAGUCCGCGCGAGCUUUCGCCUUCUGCGCGGUCGCCGUCGUCUCUCAUGGGCCCACGAUCCACCACAGAGGGCUCUGUCGCGUCCCCGCCUGCUGUGCUAGCUGUCGAAUCAGAUGAGAAUUCCCAUGAACUGUUCAGCACCGUCCCCCUCUCGCGCGCGCAGCUGAGCAGCGCGAACAGUUGCAGCGGCUUCUUCGGUGGCACGCGCAACGCUGCGCCGCCGUCCACGGUGGAUUCGCGGCCUCACAUGGCGCCUCCAUCAACAUGCACCACAUCUGCUGUCGGCAGAUCAGCACGUGGGUUACCGACGGCAAGAGCCUCAGUGUCAGCGACGCCAGCGUCGACGCCGACCGCACCAACGCAUGUGUGUCAGGCGUCCUCCUCAGCGAGCCAAUUCGCCAUGGUGACGGCGUCGGUGGACCGGCUCAAGUCGGCACCGCGGUCCGACGUCUCUGACGUGCGGGGCUCCGCAUCACUACCUGUGACAGCGUCGCGGCGCGCCGCGAAAAAGCCAGGGCCGGUACCAGUAGCGGCAACGUCCGCGACAGCACCGGCGUGCCCACCACUUGAAGAAUCGACCCCUGUGGCCCCCAUGAACUCCAUGACGAUAUCGCGCCUGCCUGCCACUCUUGCUCGCUCCCACGAGCUGUCACUUUCCCAGGAGAAAGAGCGCCUUGCAAAUCCCGACACGAUCGCGAGUCCGCCACUGUCGGCGGUGCUCCAUCCGUCACCGCAUCUCCCCUACCAGCCGACGCACGGCCUUGUGCGCCUCUCCGGCAGCAACAGCCACGCUCUAUCGGAGACGACGACAGAGGAGGCGGGUUGCACAGCUGCAUCGCAGCCGCCGGGCCUGCACAUGCCACGGAGGUCGCUGCUGCUGUUGGACCACCCACCUACUUGUAGUGUGUCAUCGCCGCUGCCGGCUAUUGCCGCCGCUGCACCAGCAGGAGUAACGCCUGCUUUCACACUGCCUAAUAAGGCUUACGGGGAAGGCGGACGGCACGGGGCUUCGGCUCACAACAGCGGCAGCAGCAGCGUCAGGGUGAAGUCGCUGAGCUUGAAGCACCACAGCACAUCGCCUGGCCCGUCGCCGCGACCCCCGCCCUCGUCGGUGAGAACCAACAUCUCUUUCAAUGCGGCUGCGGGAGCGAAGUGUUCCGGUUCGGCCACCGCUCCCCUCACAAACGUCGGCACCAGAGGUCGUCUGGACAGCAACUUCAACAUGGGCGGGUCCAACAAGUCAGGUUCCGCCACGCCGCCUUACCCGGCUGCCACCUCGGGCUCAUCUGUGAGCACCCCUUUGCAGGCUGUGUCGCGGUCGCCGCGCAAUGCAGUUGUACCAGGGGCAGAAAACGCCAACUCGCUGCGCUCGUCGACGGAUGGUGUGAGUGCAGGGGCUGUGCGCAGCCCGCAUAGAAGCGCCUUUCCGACUAUGUCGCCAAAGACAUCAGCGAUGUAUCAGCGCACCGGCCCUCCCCGUGGCAUUUCACCACCGCUGAUGACCGCCGGCUCGUCCAUCAGCGCGAUCGGCAGGGAGGUAAUACCGAUUGUGACGGUGCCGCUGCCGGUGCAACCGCACUACCAGCCGCCUUCGCAGACACAGGCGCAGCAGCAGCCAUCGACAGCGGUGGCGAGCACUGGUGCAGGCCCGAGCAAGUUGCCCAUCUCUAUAGUACCGCGACACAUGCGGUCGGCAGUAGUGCCAACGCGCAGCUCAAUACAUCGGCAGCCGUUUGGCACGUCUGUAGCGUCCACUAUCCGUCCGAAGGCUUCAGGCUCGACUGCGGCAUCAGUCAGCCUCAAAGCGAACGCGGCUGCCAUCUCCUUGCCGAAGCAGGACUAUAACACGAGCUUUGGUACCUUGAACGCGGUCAGCUUGUGCGGCAGAACGGUCAACGCACCUGUGCAUACAAUUGGCGCGGAUGCCUUGACUCAGCCUACAGCUUCGCAGCCCAAGCACCGCCGCGACGCCCGCACUCUGAAGCGUAUUAUUGUUCCUCGACCCUCGACAUCCUCCCUCUCCCAAGCCAGCCGUGCGGCGUCGUCGUCGCCGGGUGCCGAGGACAGCGGCGAGCAGACCCGCGACACCUCCGAUAACUCCCAUAUUUCGAAGCAGCACGACGAGAACGUGUCGUCGUGCUCUUCUGCGUCGCCCAUACCGCUACCCUAG